AUGGUGCAGCUCUUGUGGGAAGUUGUUGGUGGCGCUGGCGCAGGUGGAAUCCUGGUGCGCUGUGGUCAGGAAUUGACUUCGGAUAAACACCCUGAGCGGCUCUCUACUGGUGCUUUGGUGGAGGAGCUAUGCCUUGUCGGGGAGCGGCUGCACUACAAGCGUCAGAGUGGGAAAGGUCCUGAGUCUGGAUGGGUUACAGUGCGAGUGGCUGGAAAGGAGCUUGUUCGCAAAGCUGGCGACGAAGCAUCCCAGUCCCGAGAGGCUUCGGCAGGAUUCGGAGGAUUCCAGCAGAAGAUUGGGACUGGAAAGAAGGUGCGCAUCCUGGGUUUGCAUGGCGAAGAGCACCAGAAAUACAAUGGCAAGAAUGGAGCGAUCAUGGCUUUUGACCCUGCCACGGGCCGCUAUUCUGUGAAGGUGGUGGUGCUUAGCGACAAAUCUGUGGGCUUGCAAUCGGAAGGUGCUACAAUCUUGUUGCUAAAGCACGACAACGUGGAGCUUCACCCCGAUCAGAUUGAGAGAGACCAGGUGGGCAAUGGAGAUGAAAUUGUCCUGCUGGGUGCGGGAGAGGCAAAACGCAAGCUCUACGAGGUGCGUUUGGACCCGCCGUAUUGGUACGACAAGGCCAUUGAGCGAGUGCUGGAAGCUAAGAAUGACUUCGAAGUGCUCGACUUGACUCCGCAAUUUAUUCCUGACAUGGGUGUCCUCAAGAAGGCCUAUCGGAAGAUUUCAUUAGCUGUUCAUCCUGACAAGAACAAGCAUCCACAAGCAGCAGAUGCUUUUCGAAAAGUCUACGGAGCUUUUGAAACUUUGAUGGACCUCAGGCAGCAGAGGCGACUGCUUUGGAUCUUGGGGAAGUUGACUCCAGAUAUGGAGGAGCAGGUGAUUUUUGAUGAAGAAGAGGAAGAUGAACUUUUCCAGUGGUGGUGGGAAGCGACGGUUCCUGAAAUCGAGAAGCAGGUCGCGGAGUUCGAGGGACAGCAAUUCGACGAGUACGGUGCCAUGUGGAUUUCGGAUGGACUUGGUGGAGAUGUUGGUGAGGUGAAAUGGAUUGGUUUGGAGACUGCCAAGCGCCUUCACCGCGACGAAGAAGGUGUCAUCUUCAUUGAUGUCCGGGAUCGUCGGGAUUUCGUCGCCGGCCACAUUGCCGAUGCUUAUUGCACGCCCUUACCGGAGAUCAUUGAUUUUGGCUUGGUGAAUGUCUUCAUGUCGGCUGAUGAUCAACUUAUCCACAAACUUUUGAAGCACCGCACGAAGCCCAUUAUUGUGUACAGUGAGGUGGCAACUCCCUUCUCGCGCUGCAGGGCCUUUUGCCGAUGGCUUCUUCGUGCAGGGCAUCAAACCAUCAAGGUGGAGCGGGUGAGAAGACUUCGCGGUGGCAUUUUUGGAUGGAAGCAUAAAGAUGGCCCAGUAGCGCGACCAGUGCAGGACACCAGCUACGAACUCAUGGACGCUGACAGCAACGCCAGCAGCUUUGCUGCUUCCCUGAUCUUCCAAGGUGUACAAUUGAAGCCAAGGGCAAGCACUGACCAGGGAUGGCAGAGAGUCCGAACUUGGACACGCGCAGUGCGUCGCCGACAUGUCACAGGUAUUUUUGCCUGUGAUUAUUUGCUGGUGCCACUUCAUCACGAGGAAGAGCAUCACUGGUCUCUGGCAGUGGUGUGUCGUCCGUGGGCAGCCAUUGAUCAACUGGACAACUGGGUUGGAAUCUCGGAACGGGCUAGCGGUGACAAGACAGGCCACUUUGUCGCCACUCCCAAUCUGGACUACCAGCAGAAGACCUUCCAGCUGAAUCACGACAACCUGGUUGGCCAUGUUGGUACAAUAUUCUCCAUCACAAAGUCAGAGGAAGCGGUACUGCUUCGGCCCUACUUCGGAUGUGAGUCUGACUUGAUUAACCUCCUCUUGCAGAGCGGCAUGGGUAGCAAACGAGUGCUGGAUCUUUUCUGGCGACAUCGUAGAAGCUAUGUGUCCCCGAUCGACUUUGCAAGGAUCCGUGCUUUGGGGCUCAAGAAGAUCAGAUUGCCUCUCACAUGGUGCAUCAACUAUGACAAGCCUUACUCCAUCAGAGGCAAAUCCUUUGAAGGCAAGGAUCAGGACGCGACCAUCGGCACGUCCCCAUCCUUGGUGGACGACCCCUUUGAGAAUGACCCGGCCUUCAAUCCCAAAGGAAUGCGAAUUCCAUGCGACAAAUGGGCCUCCAUUCCAAUCAAAGUGGUUGAAGAGGUGCUUGAGGUGGCCGCAGACUUUGGGAUUCAAGUCCUACUGGACCUGCAUGCCUUCCCGGGUGGAUCCAGCGCCGGCACCUUCAACGGAGUCUGGCCAUUGAAUCCGCGAUUUUGGACGGCACACUUCAAGGAGAAUUUCACCACCAUCAUCGUCCAGCUGUUGGAUUGGAUGGAGGCCUUGGGCAGGAAGAAUCCCAAAGCCUUUGCUGGGCUUUACGGUCUUUCUCCCAUGAACGAACCUGCUCAUAUGCGAGGCCUCUAUGACAAGUCAGGUGCUGCUGUGCCAGUUCCAUACCAAAAGGCUUAUGAUGAAUUGGGCCUGAAAGGAUGGGCGAGCAUAUCAACCACUGACAUCCUCCAGACGUUGGCCAUCAGUGUUGACGAGUUUCGAAAGCGUCCUGCGCUGGAACAGAAGAUGCUUCUGAUGAAUGUCAUCGAAACCGCAUUUGCCGGCACUUUUGGUGGAAAGGAAGAUGCUUCAGCAUUUGCUGCCAGUCAAAAGGGUGAAGUUGGCUCUGUCACAGGGGCAAUUGGCGCAUGGUGGAAGGAGAUCACCACAGAGUCAGAGAGGAAAAGAUGGGCAGUGCUGGACCUGCACAAUUACAUUGCAUGGAACCCUGACGUGAAGGGCUUUGAAGAUAUCGUGACUAUGGAGGACUACAGGCGCUUGCUGAAUGAGAUGAGCGUUCCCUUCUUCCAGCAGCUUCGCAGCCGUUUGGAAAUGCCACAGCCGCAGCUCCUGGCUUGCUCAGAGUACAGUGCAAGCACCAACCAGGAUACCCUGCUAUCAGUUACCAGUGGUGUGGGCCGGCGACCCAUGAGUCUUCCACGAGAAAUCAGCUGGCAACACCUUCGAGAUGACUUCUUGCGAUGUCAGCACAGGGCUGCUAGGGAUCAGAAAAUUGAUAUGUGGUUUUGGACCUACCACAUCCGCAAGAACCGGAAUUACCAAGGAGAGUGGUCCUUGCAGCACGUUCUUUCACCUUGGCCCCGGCUCCAAGGAUUUGGACUGUUGUCUCUGGGCAGGUGCUUGGGUCACCUGACCUACACCUGUGGCUGGCUGUUGCUGCACUGGCUACGAGGGCCGUGGAGCUUCGUUUGGCGAAGUCGUUUCGGCUGCAAAUUCGGCUUCAAGAUCAGCUGCCUACCGUGAUCAGCUGGCCAUGUGGUGUCCAUGAGCUUGGAAACUGCACGUUGUACAUAAGGAUUUGCGUAUCAAUCCGUAUCAAUGAUCCAUCCUGAAUCAUUUGUGGCAGAAAUGCUGCCGGAAUUUGACAUAGUGACAAGAUCCAAUGCAGAUCAUUCCGAACUGCGGAUACUGCGGCAGAUGUCUGGCCGUGUGUGUGG